AUGGAAUCAGAAGGCAGGGUCGGUUUACCACCCGCCUACGAAGACGCAGAUGUAGAUUCUCUCGCUCAGCUUAUGGCGCUCAUGUUAGAACGCCUUAUGUCAAUUAACGACAGAAUCCCCUUGUCUCCGUAUGUCAUCACCCGAUUUCACUCUGCCUCCGUCCCCAACAUAAAUGUAUUGGACUAUCUACGGCGCGUAGUUCGCUUCACAAAUAUUGAAAAAACCUGUCUACUUAUCGUAAUGCACUACAUAGACCAGAUCUGCGCGCGCAUGCCCGUCUUCACCAUCUCCUCCCUCACCUGCCAUCGUUUCCUCAUCACCGCCGUCGCCCUCGCCAGUAAAACCCUCUGCGACACAUUCUGCACCAAUGCACACUACGCUCGCAUCGGCGGCAUCACAACGCACGAGCUCGGCCGGCUCGAGCGCGAAUUCCUCUUUGCGAUCGACUGGCGUCUCACGUGCACCCGCGAAGUCCUCCAGCUUUACUACGAGAACCUCGUCUCGCACAGCGGAGGCCGCUUCAUAAUUAUCGGCGCCCAAUCCGGCGGCAGCGUCUCGUCUGACAGUGACGUCGAAGCCGACUCACCUCCGUCCCGUUCCAUGUCCCCCAUUGAGGAAGACUCACCUGGUCUGGUGCCCGGUCCUUCCACUCGCCCUCACGAACCGUCAACAAUCCUCAUCGACACGGCGACGCUGGUGCCGGAGGCUCCCCGCGGUCCUACAGUCGAGCAGAACAUGGCAUUUGAGCAGUUUCAGCGUUCACUUGGCAGAUCUUAG